AUGUCCGAGGCACGUCGCGCCAGUAACCCCCUUGACUCAGACUCGUCCCGAGGACCUCAAGUGGACAAAAUGCAGUUGGGGGGCUCGCGGAUAGGGGAUGUCGGCUACUUUGUGGAGCCAACCAUUCUACUGGACGCCCCAGAGGACUCGAAAGUGAUGAAGGAGGAAAUAUUCGGGCCCGUGGUUUGCAUCAAUACAUUUACAGAUGAAAAGGAUGUUAUCAAGCUGGCCAACGACACCGAAUUUGGCUUGUUCGCUUCUGUGUUCACCAAGGACGUCUCGAGGGCCUGGAGGUUGGCCAAAGCGUUGGAAGCUAAGGCCAUCGGCGUGAACUGCACGUCUCCAGUUGGUGCCAUGGAUGUACCGGUGGGAGGGUGGAAACAAAGUGGUGAUGGAAGAGAGUUCGGCAAGUACUGUACAGACUACUGGACUGAAGUCAAGGCCGUCUUCUUCGCCCUGUAA